AUGGUGGCCUCCCAGGUGCUGGCCUCCUGGUGUUGGUCUCCUACGUACUGGCCUCUCUGGUGUUGGUCUCCUGGUAUUGGCCUCUCAGGUGCUGGCCUCUCUGGUGUUGGCCUCCCAGAUGCUGGCCUCCCUGGUGUUGGUCUCCUACGUACUGGCCUCUCUGGUGUUGGUCUCCCUGGUAUUGGCCUCUCAGGUGCUGGCCUCUCUGGUGUUGGCCUCCCAGGUGCUGGCCUCCCUGGCGUUGGUCUCCCAGGUGCUGACCUCUCUGGUGUUGGUCUCCCUCGUAUUGGCCUCUCAGGUGCUGGCCUCUCUGGUAUUGGCCUCCCAGGUGCUGGCCUCCCUGGUGUUGGUCUACCAGGUGCUGACCUCUCUGGUGUUGGUCUCCCCGGUACUCACCUCCCAGGUGCUGGCCUCCCUGGUGUUGGUCUCCUAGGUACUGGCCUCCCUGGUGUUGAUCUCUUAGGUGCUGGCCUCCCAGCUGUUGGCCUCCCUGGUGCUGUCCUCCCAGGUGCUGGCCUCCCAGGUGCUGGCCUCGUCCCGCCGCCCCUCCACCGCUCUUCCUGA